AUGCCUGGCAAAUGGCGUCGGCUGCACUCAUCUCAGAGGGACCUUCCCCCGCUGCUGUUCAAAUAUUCAUGGACGCGCCAAGGCUACGCGCUCUACGUCACUGAUUUGACCUCUAUCUGGGCUGAGCAGCUGUCCAAAGCUCAGAUUUUGAAACGAGCAGAUGAGAUCGCUACGACCAUUGACCCAAGCGAAGAUCUAGAGCAACUGGAUAUGCUUCUAGCAAAGAUCGGAGAAGCUUUAGAUGGCGUGACGGGGUCUGUAUCAAUACAUGCUGGAUCUCAGGCCGAUUCGAUCGAGAUGGUGACCAGCUCGAAACUACCAGCCCCUCUGAAGCCUCUUAAGUGGAGUUUUUAUGGGUUAAAGCAGCCUGCUACGUCUCUUACUGAGCAAAUUCUUCUUCCUCUGCUGGAAGAUGAAGCAAGCCGAGAGUCUAGAGAGCGGUUUCUGCUAGACCAAAUAAAGCAGAAAGAUUGGGUUCUUGGGAAGUUAUUCGACAAGAUUGAGUCUCUUAGUGUCGAUUUAGGUGCUAUUUUCCCGAGUGCAUCCAGACGCCGCAAUGCACAGAAUGCUAUUACUAAGGACGAAGUAGCCAAGUGUGUCAACGGCGUUGCGCCUUUCGAUCGAUCCGCGUGGCUUGCGGAGUCUGGAGAGCCUUCAGCGGAUAAUACUGACCUGGCUGCAAAUCUAGUGGAAGCUAUUAUUGGUCCUGGCCCCCAAAAAAGCAUUGGGGAGCUUCAACCCUCUCAACAAGGGUGGUGGCAUGUCCUGCAACAACGAGAAGACUCAGUGCCCGAAGAUGAAAAGAACGACGAAGGAGAUAUGGACCUGGAUGUGUCGACCGCUAGUGAAGAUGAAGAAUUUGAGCGACAAGAGACGCCUCCUAAUCUUAAGCCUCAGCAACCUGUCCCAGAGCCCAUAGAUAGACCAAAGGCCAGUGUGUCCCUUCGUUCGAAGGCAACCGCAGAACCAUCACCAAGACCGCUCGUCCAAGACCUAGGUGACUCUACUGCCUCAGAAUCAGAUAUAGAUCUCGAGUCAAAGAGUGGGAUAUCACCACCUAAGACAAGAAGGGCAAAACCAGAAUCUAUAUCUCCGAGGCCAUCCGAUUCACAGGCCGGUGAAUCUACCGCAUCGGAAUCUGAGGGUGAGCCAUCGCCGGAACCCAAGAGCGAACCACCCCGCAAAAGCAUGUCUACGGUCUCUCCAUUGACACCAACGAAACCUCCGACACAGCAUAGCGAAGAAAAGGUGCCUCCUAAAAAGCUAAAGGGGACAUUAGGAGUCAUCGGUGGUAAGAAGACAGAGGAAGCAGUUCCUCCUUCGCCGCAGAAAGAGCCAGCAUCGCCAGAUGCCUCGGCAGAUUAUCCGAAGAUGAGUGGGCCAGCCACGUCCCAAUCGCCAGCAACGGCCAAGAAACCGGUCAAAAUGGGCUUGAUAGGUGGCAAGGCAAAAACGAAAGCCUCAGAUAGAACAGAAGCAGCUUCUACGCCGCAGCUCCAGCCGUCAUCUUCUAAAGAUGACGAUUCUCUAGCAAGCACAGAUAAAGUUGAAUCAAGCGCUGCAGUGCCAUCACGACCAUCUUCGAAGGAAGAGAAACAUGCAGUGCCAGUUGCAGAAAAACUUGACGAUUCGAGUAUGGCAUUAGAACCCGAGACAGAGGAUCAGAAAGCGGAUCGGAAACGAGAAGAGCUGAAGCGACAAUUAGCGGAGAAAAGCAAAGUACCCAAGAAGAAGCGGAAGUUCUAG